AUGGCCUGGGCUCCGCUCCUCAUCACCCUCCUCACUCACAGCACAGGGUCCUAGGCCCAGUCGGCCCUGAGUCAGUCUCCCUCAGUGUCCAAGUCUCUGGGACAGACGGUCACUAUCUCCUGUGCUGGAAGCAGCAGUGACAUUAGGAAAUAUAACUAUGUCUCCUGGUACCAACAGCACCCUGGCACAGCUCCCAAACUCCGAAUUUAUAGUGUCAGUAAUCGGCUCUCAGGGAUCCCUGACCGAUUCUCUGGCUCCAAGUCUGGCAGUACAGCCUCCCUGAUCAUCUCCGGGCUCCAGGCUGUGGACGAGGCUAACUAUUACUGUAUGUCAUAUGCCAGCAGCUUGUUGAGACGUUGGGCGUUCGAUGGAGGGACCCAGCUGACCGUCCUAGGUCAGCCCAAGGCCUCCCCCUCUGUCACUCUGUUCCCACAGUCCUUUGAGGAGCUCCAAGCCAACAAGACCACACUGGUGUGUCUCAUGAAUGAUUUCUACCCAGGCGCCGUGACUGUGACCUGGAAGGAAGAUGGCACAACCAUCACCCAGGGCUUGGAGACCACCAAGCCCUCCAAACAGAGCAACAAAAAGCAUGCAGCCAGCAGCUACCUGACCCUGACACCCACCCAGUGGAGGUCUUAUAACAGCUACAGCUGCCAGGUCACAAAUGAGGGAAGCACUGUGGAGAAGAAGGUGGCCCCUGAAGAUUGUGCUUAG